GGGGGUAGACGCGGGCUAGACAUGGAACACUGACGCCACCCCUCCACCCCCAGCUGAGGUUCAUAAUAUGAGCCAGGAAAUCAAUGAAAAGAUAGUGGUUGAUACUUGCCCACUUCAGAUUAAGUUGUAGUUGAUGGGAACAUGUGUAGUAGAAUACCAGCAUUCAAGUCCCAGAGUGAAUUGGAUCAGUGUUGUAGGAUUACUGGCUUAUUAAGGGCACCCCCGCCCCCAAGUUUCAUUGGACGAUGUUUGAGAAGUUACUGAAAGCUGUAGGGAUGAGGUUGAGAAUUCGAGGAUGACCUUGAACUUCUCUGUGUGCUUAGUGACUCCUGUGUGCCACCGGGUCUGGUUUUAUAUGGAGUUGGGGGGUCGGAUAUACUUCAUGCUUGCUAGGCAUCUCGUGUGAAAAGGGAUUAUUUGGCAUUUACAGCUGAGUUGCCGCUGAUUCUGAUACAGAGCCUGGAGGAUAAAUCUGCAUUUUUAUUAUUAUUUUUGUCGCAAUGGAAGUUGGAAACAAAAUGGAAGUGGCAGAAAAGACCAUACCGUGCAGUAGUGUGGCUGGUGGUAAUUUUGAAGAAGUUUGUCCAGAGAAGGUAAUUAGGUUUAAACCACCACUAUACAAACAACGGUACCAGUUCGUUAGAGAUUUAGUGGAUCGUCAUGAACCCAAGAAGGUUGCAGACCUGGGAUGUGGCGAUACCAAGCUCCUAAAGCUGCUAAAAAUCUACCCAUGCAUUCAACUGCUUGUUGGGGUAGAUAUCAAUGAAGAAAAAUUACAUUCAAAUGGGCAUCACUUGUCUCCCUACUUGGGGGAGUUUGUAAAACCCCGUGAUCUAGAUUUGACUGUCACCUUGUAUCAUGGCUCUGUUGUGGAGAGAGACUCUCGCUUGCUUGGAUUCGAUUUGAUAACAUGCAUUGAAUUAAUAGAACAUUUGAAUUCAGAUGAUCUGGCCAGAUUUCCGGAAGUUGUGUUUGGAUACCUGUCACCAUCCAUGAUCGUCAUCAGCACACCAAAUGCUGAAUUCAACCCCCUGUUUCCCACAGUGACCCUGAGGGAUGCAGACCAUAAAUUUGAGUGGAGCAGAAUGGAGUUUCAGACCUGGGCUUCACAGGUGGCAAACUGCUACGAUUACUGCGUAGAGUUUACUGGGGUAGGGACAGCACCAGCUGGAUUCGAGCAUGUUGGAUAUUGUACCCAGAUAGGUGUCUUUAGGAAAAACAGUGGAAAGCUCGCUGAGCCCUUUGUUUCACAGCAGCAUGACCAGCAUGUGUACAAAGCUGUUUAUACAACCUCCUACCCGAGUUUACAGCAGGAAAAGGUGCUCAAAUUUGUUCUGGUUGGGGAACUCCUGAUACAAGUGGAACGCUUGAGGUUGAGACACCAGCGGAUGCUGAGGGAGCGGGAGAAGGAAUUGGACCCUAAGCCUGGGGACAUGGACUUCUCCCAAGCCCCCCACCUACUGCUGGGAGAGGUCUUCACAGAGGCUGAGAAGGCCAGGAUAGACAGUUCUCCCCAGCCCUUCUGUGAAGGAGAGAAGUUUUACAUACCCCUGCGGAGACUGCUUGCUUAUCCCAAGCUGCACCGCUUAUGUGUUGACGAAGAGAGGAUGCGGUCCCUCAUUGCUGAUUCAGUGUGCUUAAGCAGCGACAGUUCUGCAGUCGUGGUUGACCUGCAUAAUUCUUGGGAUUAUUGGCCUGAAGAUAACUGAGUCAUCUGAAUUUCCCAAAGCUCAGAGUCUCUCUGAUAGUUAAGUUGGCUUACGAUUCGAACUUGUUUGGUGCUGGGAAUUGAACUCAGGUCCUUGUGCAUGGUAAGCAAGCACUCUGCCACUGAGCUACAUCCUCAUCCGUAGGAUUUAAACUUUGUACAGUCAUAAUUCAAGUAAUAUUUUGAAAGUUUGAACACAGAUCGGGUCCUGAACUCAUUGACAGAUCUGCCUGACAUAGGCUGUUCUUCACCUGAGAAAGGGCUUAACUAAAGUAGUUGCUUUCCUUUAAAAUUAGAUUUUAAAAAAUUGGUGUUUACAAGAAUGAAGAAAUUGGAUAUGGUAACGUGUUAAUUUUGUCCUCACCCAUAUUUUGGUGUUAGAGCCAUAUGUUGAAUGUGACAUUAAAACAUUUGAAUGUAAUCAAAGCCACUUGAAAACCUUUCCCAGGACUGGGCAUAGAGGCCCUUACCUGUAAUCCUAGCACCUGGAUGGAUUCCAUAGGAGGAGCAUGGGUUUGAGGCCAGCCUGGGCUACAUGGUGAGACCCUGACUCAAAAACAAAAACCAGUUCCUCUGCCCAACUUUUUCUAGGGGUGAUGUAGCUUAAAAAUCUAGAAUUAUCCUUUUACUUGCAUAAAACAUUAUAUGAAAAAGGAACAUGGGUGUUUUUUGAAGGGUAUGGAAAUCUCCUGCGGUAGUCCCUGUCCACAUUGUGUGCACUAGUGUGUGUGUCUCUGUGUGUGUGUGUCUGUGUGUGUGUGUGUGUGUGUGUGUGUGUGUGGUGCUAGAGGCUGAAUCCCAGGGCUUUGUGCAUUUUAGGCAAGUGCUCUACCAUUGAGCUACAACCUCAGCCACAUAGGAAUGCCCUCCCAGAGCUUUCUGGCUGGAAUUGGGGUGGUAGUUAACUGCAGGAGAGAGAAAUGCGACUUUGUUUAAUGAAAAAGAAAAGGGGCCUCAAAAAAAAGUCUUCUUGCUUGAGGCAUGGCAGUCCAGAGGUUAAGUCCCCAGGAGUGGCUGCUCUGCGGUGCCAGAGCUCCUGGUGUCCAUCUUGAUAACUGUGGCAGAGACGUGGAUUAACCUGGGGUUCCUACUUGCAUAGCCUAUGCUCACCCUCGCAGAAAGGAAAGAGGUGGGGCUGCCCAGUGUGCUUUGCUGCUCGUUGCUAGGCAACACUGUUGCCACUUCCUGUGUGACAGUGAGGGAAGUUGAGAAGUCUAUAUUCUAAGGAUUCACGUGCAUACUCAGUCUCCCAAGGACCCGGAAGAAAAUGGGCACUUUGACACACUGCCUAACCUCCCCGUGGUUGUUCUGUGGCUACAGAGUUGGUCCCUGGGUAAGAGCUCUGUGGACAUUUAUCCUUAAGCUGAGUCUUCAGGGGUUAAUAAGCAAUGGCGAGAAGGUUUUCAUAGAGAAAAACCUUAAUCGCGCAGGCACUGCUAAGCACCUGCCCUCUUUGAAUCUUGUAGACGAAUCCAUCAGAUUUCCAUGUGCCUCAGGUCUAGGCAGACACGACCUAGACAGAGGUUUGCAUUCCUCUCGACAUCUGAAUGCCCAUCUCCACCUUUCUAAGUCUGUGCCCGAGGUUUGCCUUAGGGCUCCCUGCUCAUCAUGGCUCCUUGCUGAAGUCACAUUUUCUAGCUAGGUAAAGCCCUUGGCCAUAUCUUCCCCAAAGUUAGUCCAUCUCUUGACACCUGAUGACUUGAUGCCUCUCCCACAAACCCUGUAUGAGCUUCCAGCUACAGUGGGGACUAAACUGCUCUUUCUUGUGUACCUACACUUCCUGCACCGACCUCUCCCUCUUCCCCAGAGCUGCUAGGCAGGCGCUGUACCACUGGGCCACACUUCCAGCCCUGGGCUUGGUCUUACAUCCCUAGUUUGUGUUCACUUCCCACUUCGAUACACGCCUUUCUUUGCACAUCAGAAGGUUUAGUCAGUAGCCCUCUGCCCUUUUCUCUCUCCCCUGGUGCUGGCAACGUACGUCCGGUGUGUGCCGUGCUGGUGCUCUACCACAGAGCCUCACCUAGCACCGGCCCUUGUCCUAAAGCCACACCCUUACCCUUUCGAAGCCUACGAAGACCCUCUGUCUAAAGAGUGAGGAAACUAGAGACUGCAGUAACUGCAGAAGCAAGCCAGACUAGUGGGGGUGUGCCUGUCAUCCCAGCACCUGGCAAGCGGAGACAGGAAACAAAACCCAAAGGAAUAAAAACUGUGCAAACUGUGCAAAUUAUUUCCCUUAUUACAGCACUAACAAUUGAAAUUAUUAAAGGAAAGGUAUAGUUCAGAAGUAUAUAAUCUAAAAUAAAGCUAGCAAUACGUUAAUUCUUUUUAUCCUCAGUACCCACCAUCUCAUAGCCUCCUGGGGGCCCCUGGCUUCUCCCAUUCACUGCUUCCUGAAGAGCAGCUCUGCCCACCCUUCUGCAUAGAACCCAGUUGAUUGCCAUGCUUUGUAUCAACUUCCCCCAAAUGGCCAAAGUGCAUGAAGUUUUUACAUUUAUUCUUUUACUAGUAGGUAUUUUAAAUGUUUAUUUUUAAAGUCUUAUGGUUAUUUGUGUGUAUCCGUGGGUAUGUAUGCACAUGUACUUGCAUGGUUAUUUGUGUGUAUCUGUGUGUAUGUAUGCACAUGUACUUGCAGGGGUCUGUGGAGGUUAGAAGGGGACAGUGGUUCCCCUGGAGCUGGAGUUGCAGGCAGUCGUGAGUCACCCAGUGUGGGAGCUGGGAAUUGGAUUCCAGUCCUGUACAAGAGCAACAAGUGCUCCUAACCACUGAACCUUCUCUCUAGCCUCUACUGUAUGUUUCUGAUGCAGCUUUGUCAUUAGCGAUUAUAAAAUGCAACUAUGUGCUCCAUUCUGUAUCGACAACGUGUUCUUUUGCAAAACAUUCACAGCUGUGUAUAGAAAUUCAUGCUGAAAUUCCUCAAUUGCACUAUUUAAAAAUUUUA